AUGUCCACAAAUUCAGAUGAUUGUGUCGCUCGCAAUAUUGAUGCUAAAUUGCAGCAGGAUAGUGAUUGGUUAAAGACUUUUGAAGAAAAUCUGAAGAAAAGUAGAAAUUUGAAUAAUGAUAUCACAGCAUUACUGGAAAGCUUUCGAAAUCGGCUGGUGCAGUUGGAUCAGAGCAUUGUUCCACUGUAUGAAAAAACAGCACUCUUACGACAAAAACAAACAAACAUUCGAAAGGUAUUAAAGACUGUCGAUGCGAUGCAGCAAUUUUAUGGUCGCGCUGCAGAAUUAGAAUGUUCAAUACGUGAAGAGAAUGCCUCUGUGGAAAGGGAACAGUUCAUUGAAAGAAUGGAACAGCUAGCUGAGACUAUUUCUUUCUUUUCCUCCCAUCCAACAUAUCAAAAUCAACUCGAUAGCAUGAGGAUGACUUUUGAAUCUGGUUGCUGUGCACUUGAGAAAGAAUUUCGGAACAUCCUACUUGCAAAUUCAGUAGUUUUGGAUGCAGCAAUUAUCAGCGAAUCCCUAGAUAACGAAUACGAAGUAAUAAGUACUCGGCUGCGUGGGCUUGUCACGUUACGCAAUAUUGAACAGUGUGCACAAAUAGCUCGUUGGUUGUUAACGUAUAAUCCAGAAGGUUCUGUGAUUAAAACAUAUGCUGAUAUUCGAUGCGAUAAUAUGCUUCGAACUCUGACUGCUGCUAGUCAACAAGGAUUCUCUUCAAACAGUAAAAUCAAUAUUUCGUUGUCUUCAAAAUCAGCAGGGUCGUUGAAGCAAGCUAUACGAAAGGCAACUGGUCGUUCUUCUGAAAGAUAUGUAUGGGAAUGGCGUGCAUCAGACGCUGCUGUUGAAAAUAUUUUGGUUUUGUUUGGAACAUUACUUGGACUUAUAGAGAUUGAAGCAGAAGUGUUAAGUAAAGUGAUAGCAGACGUAAGUGCCGAAGCCAGAGUGCAGCAGUUAUUAUUUGGUCGUCCAUUAUUGUAUGUUCUGGAACGUGGAAGCAAUCUAAUGGAUGGAAUCAGUUGCUCUCUAACUCCAUUUUUACCUCUUCUCAAGCAUAUUAAUGCGCAUUAUUUACAGUUACUAUCUCUUGGGAAUAACGCUGUUGAGGAUGUGCCAUAUGAGAGUUUCGUGAAAAAGGUUAACGACAAAUCAAAAGAUGCUCUUGACGGCUUUUUCGAUCUUCUAACAAAUGAUCCCAAUAAAUUUGUGCCUACGGAUGGCAAUGUACAUCAAAUUACAUCGAAUACACUAAAUUUCCUCAAUAGUUUGAUGGAUUAUCGACAAACAGUAACAAGUUUAUUGAUCGCGACAGGUGCAAAAGGGAAUCCGGCAACUCAUUUUCCGCGACUUUUCGCACGCGCAUUAUCUGCAUUGGGUUUAAAUUUGAAAAUCAAAGCGGGAACAUAUGGGGAUGAAACAUUGGCUGCCGUUUUUCUCCUAAACAAUAAUAAUUAUAUUCACAAUGCCCUUCAAAGUAAUGGAAUGUUCGCGGUCGUUGGUGAGCAUAACUCUCAAGUGCGCUCUUUCUAUCGUUCUGAGAUCAGUGCAUACAGCAAAAAAUAUCUCCAAAGUUGGAACCGUGUUGUUUCAAUCAUAACAGUAGAUUUGUCUACUUUUGACGACAGAACUGCCCUAAAAAAUGCACUCAUGGCAUUCAAUGCUGAAUUGGGAAGAUUGAUUAAUGCACAGCAGGAUUACUGUUUUUCUGAUGUGAGAUUGGCUCAUGAUAUCAAAUCAGAAAUAAAAUCAUUAAUUUGCGAGCCUUAUGCAGAAGUUUACGCGCGAGUAAUGCGUUCCACAGUAUCGAAAGGUACCGAGAAGUACUUGAAGUACACACCUGAAUUGCUUGGCAUUGUUAUUGACAGACUUUUUGAUGUCACAGCGUAA